AUGAAGCCCUCACAGUGGAUUGCUGUCAUGAUGUUUGUUUGGGGAAUUAUCAUGACCCUCACUGGAAUAGUUAGUUCUUAUCAAGGGCUCGUGGCAGCGCGCUUCUUUCUCGGAUUAGCAGAAGCUGGCUUUUUUCCAGCUGCGGCCUAUCUUCUUACUCUCUGGUAUAAACGAUAUGAGAUCCAAAGCCGUAUGGCUGUGUUCUAUACUGCCUGCUCCUUCUCGGGAGCAUUUGGCGGCCUACUUGCCUUUGCGAUCGAGAAGAUGGAUGGCAUUGGUGGUCUUGCAGGAUGGAGAUGGAUUUUCAUCAUUGAGGGGUUGUUCCCAGUCGCUUGCUCCAUCGCAGUGUGGUUUAUUCUGCCUGAUAAGCCAGAAACUGCGCAUUUCCUGACAGUCGAGGAAAAGGCAUUUAUAAUAAAUUGUUUAAAAGUCGAGACUGGGACGGACAACACCGAUAAAGUUGCAUGGUCGUCUAUCAAAGAUACUCGGAUGGAUUGGAAGAUAUACGCCAUGACAGUGAUUUAUCAGGGAGUUAGUGUCGGCGUUUACAGAUUCACAGGUGUUUUACCCACCGUAGUUGAGGAUAUGGGCUAUAACUCAGCCACCGCACAAUUGAUGACAGUCCCGAUAUACAUGAGUGCAGUCGUAUUUGUCUUGAUCAUCGCUUUAUGGUCUGACCACAUACAGACACGCACACGUUUUAUCAUUGGGUGCUACAGCGUUGCCAUUAUCGGCUUCAUUGCGGAGCUUGCUAUUCCACAGGACCGGCUAUUCGGAGUCACUUACCUGUUCCUCUUCUUCAUUGCCAUUGGUAUAUAUGGACCAUUGGUGUGCAUAAUGUGCCUCUGCGCAAAUAAUCUGGCUCCAAGCUCUAAAAGAGCGGUCGGCCUCGCUCUUCUCGUCACUAUCGGCAACUUUGGUGGCUUUAUAGGCAGCAAUAUCUUUCUCCAAAGCCAGGCUCCCAAGUACCCUGCUGGUUUUGGCACAUGCCUUGGGGUUCUCAUCAUCUCAACUGUCAGUACAAUCGCUCUGCGCCUUGCUCUACAAAGGGGAAAUAAAAGGAGGGAUGAGUUCAUGAGCGGCAAAUCGGCCGAGGAGGUCAGAGCUCAGUAUUCAGAUGCCGAGUGGGUUGAACUUGGAGAUAAGAGCCCGCUAUUCCGGUAUACUUUAUGA